GUCUGUCGCGAGCCAUACCCAGACCUCUCUGCAAUAACCCCGUCCGCAUCCACCUUCUUUUGCAGCAUUCACUACUUUCCCAUUGUCUUCUUAUAUGGCAAACGCCUCCUCCACCGUCUCGGCCUCGGCCUCGUCCGGCCCCGCGAACACGCCGAUGCAGCUAUCCGCAUCCCAGCACUCGCAGACCUCGCCCGUCGCCGCCCCGUCCCAGCUCGGGACGCAAGGCUUCCAAUCCCAGACCCAGGCAGCGCUGCCACAGUCCUCGUUCAUGCAAUGGUACGACUCAAUUGACAGCACGAACAGCAGCAACAGCGCCGGCAGCACCCUCACAAACAGCUCGAGCACCGCGUCCUCCCUGCAACAGCCUUACGGCAUCAAUCCGUCCAUGCAGAUGGCAAACGCCCGUCAACAUCACUUGCGCCGCGCGCAGUCCCGGUAUUUCGAGCCAGCCAGAGGACAACCAGAGACCGUCGGGCUCGACGGCCUCGCCGGCGCGAUCUCUGGCAUGAGUAUAUCGUCCGGCCGACACCCCUUGCUCGCGCAGCCAUCGUUCGACCAGUCCGUUGACGCGCCGAUCGACGACUUUAGUCUGCUCCCUGGCGAACAGUCUACUCGUUUUGACCCGCUAGGACGCGGCGGUCCUCAGCUCAUUCAGCAGCCGUCGUCCGAAUACGUGUGGAAGCAGGAAUACCUUGCACAGCCUCGGAUGCCGUUUCUAAGCAAUGGAACAUACUCCAUCCCAUCAUCUGCUGGCGCGCAAUCGCCCUCCAAAUCCGAACAGAGCCUAUUCUCAGAGACCAACGUCGAGUUUUCCACCUCCCCCCAAAACUACACCAGCACCCUCAACAGCAAUGGUUCGAAUGCUCAACCCAACUCGUACAACACCCCUGCCUCGAACGCGACUACCUCAUCGUCGGCUCCGACAACGAGUGCCGCGCUUCCAGAAGACGAUCUGAUUCCGACCGCGAUUGUGAUCAAAAACAUCCCCUUCGCGGUGAAGAAAGAGCAGCUUCUGGACACGAUGAUGUCGCUCGGCCUCACGCUUCCCUACGCAUUCAACUACCAUUUCGACCAAGGCGUGUUUCGGGGCCUUGCGUUUGCGAACUUUGCGACGGCCGAGGAUACCGCGAGCGUGAUCAAAGUGCUCAACGGGCACGAAAUCUCGGGCCGCAAGCUGCGCGUGGAGUAUAAGAAGAUGCUGCCGGCUGCGGACCGAGAGCGGAUAGAGCGCGAGAAAAGGAGUAAGCGGGGACAGCUGGAGGAGCAGCACCGGAGUAGCUAUUCGCAAUUGCCAAAGAUGGCUUCGACCUUGUCGAUGAAUAGCUUGACUGCAGUCGACAGCGCCUCCAGCGGCGGCAUGUCGUCCACGACUGCUGCCGGAUCCUCGCCGGCGUCGUCCGACCUCGAUCUGAACGACCCCGAGACGCUGAUGAUGUACUCCGAGAUCCUUCUCUUCCGCGACGACCACAGCCGCGACGAGCUGAUUUUCGGUGCGGAUCUGUCGCCUGUCCAGCGACGGAACGUGGCUAUGCUGGCGAACGGCAUGGGUCUGAACCACACUGUCCGCGGCACGAACGACGGGCGCGAGAUUGUGAUUCGGCGCCGGACUUCGCCUGCACAGGCGCCGUUCGCGCAAGCUAUGCUAGCGAAGCAGAAGCAGCAGCAGCAACAACAGCAGCAGCAGCAGCAAAAGUUGCACUAUCGUGCACCACCUGCGGGUACUCGGCAAACGCUGUUUGACUCUGCCGCGCGAAACGAGUUCCUGGGUCUGAACGAACCGCAUAACCUACGAGGCACGAGAUCAUACGCCGACAUCCAAUCGACGGUGCGGUAUAGCGGGCCGACUUUACACCCCGUGUCGUCGAACGGCAACAUGCAGCAUUCGAUGAUGUACGGCGGGUACCGCCCCGGUCCCUGAUCUUCAUGUCUUGACCAUCUUUUUCCAUUUUUGUAUAAAUAUCGCGUUCUGUACUGUACAGCUAAAAAAACUAUUGGGUUCGGUGUUUUUUUUUCUUUUCUUCUUCUAUUUGCUCGCUUUGACGCACUGUAUUGUUAGCCGCCCACACUGUUCCCGUUCACGCAACAA